UGAAAAGCUUUCGGAAAAAAAUACUUGUUAUUAUUGCGUGCAGUUAAAGCAUACAUUAACAUUAGAUAUUGCAGUGAUGAUAGUAUAGACAAAUUUAACGAUUUUAUGAAGAUGUGAAACGGUUUUUAAAAAAAUUCCUUAAGAUAAAAAAACCUGAAAUAAAUUAUGCGAACACUAGAUGUGAGAUGGAUGAGAUAAUCAUGAUGCUUUAAAUUAAAACAAUAUGGCAAGGGAUGGAGACGUCCCAACAAUCUUCAAUCCUAAAAGAGUGCGUGCGCCGUCUGUAAUUAUCACAAGCGAAGAGGUGGUAGAGGCUGAUCGCAGUAUUGAUGUCGAAAGGGAGCGGCCGAAUGGGCCCCCAACACCUUUGAGUCCUCGAGCACCUUUGACUCCCCAAACAUCUGUUUCAUCAGCUCCACCUCUAACUACCCAACCUUCGUUGCAACAAACUUUCAGUGAAUCAGCAGCCAGUAGUCAGGAUGAAGAAAGGCAGGUCAGGGAUAAAGGUUGCCCGCGCUCUUGCUGUUCGAAGAUCGCUAAAAAGAUCUAUUAUGGAGUCUGUGUCACAUUUGUUCUGGUGGCAUCCUGGGUGACUGUAACCCAUUGUAUCAAAUAUCUAUAUUUACAAGACUAUUCCCCCAUACAUAGUGCCGAUUUUUCAAUGUUCAAUAAUUAUACAUCAAGAUUUCGCACACAUCACUUAUAUAAUGCACCAUUCUUCACAGCAUGGUUCUGCACCAACUGGUUGAUACUAUUCUAUCCAAUAUAUCUAAUUGUAAUGCUCAUACACAACAAGUGCAAAUCAGCAAAUGCUAUAGCAUGCGACGCAUUUAAUGAUUUUAAAGAAAAGGGCUUCACUUUUGCCCGUUUCCUCAGUCGCUGCAGUCUGUUCUGUCUGUUAUGGGUGGUUACAAUAUACAUGUACACAUACUCUCUCAAGAUUCUGUUGUCCACGGAUGUGGUGGCUCUUUUUGCAACCAAUGUUUCCUGUAUCUAUCUUCUGUCCUGGGUCAUACUUCAUGAACAAUUUGUUGGAGUUCGGAUCGUAGCUGCGAUCCUCUGUGAUACAGGCAUCGCCCUACUGGCCUACAUGGACGGUAUCACAGGAAACUCUACGCUGGGCGGAGUCGUACUAGCCGCCUGCGCAGCUGCAGGUUUCGCUAUAUUCAAGGUGCUGUUCAGAAAAGUGAUGGGUGAGGUGAACACAGGUCAGCGAGCGUUGUUCUUUUCGAUCCUGGGUAUUGUGAAUGCCACAUUACUGUGGCCGGUGUGCCUGGCCCUUUAUCUCACAGGCACAGAGCUUCUCCCAGCCCAUCGGAUGCCCUGGAUGCACUUGCUGAUAGCCAGCGUUGCCUUACUAGUAUUCCACAUGGGAUUCCAAUUCGGCAACUUGGUGACGUAUAAUAUAUUCGUCUCGAUCGCACUCAUCACUGCCGUACCUGUAUCAGCUGCUCUGGACGUGGUGCUUUACGGCGUGUGCUUCGAAGGCAUGAAGCUAUCGGGAAUAAUACUGAUAACAGUGGGCUUCUCCUUGGUGAUGUUGCCCGAUAACUGGCCCGACUACAUCAUGAGGUUGCUCAGGGAACACUACAUAUUCAAAAAGGACAGACUACGGCCACAAGACAAAAUGGACUACAUGGCUGAUUUGGUUUACGUGUCGACAGAUGGAGCCGUCGUCGUCAACGCGGGAAUGACGGUUCCGGUAGAAACCGAGACACUGUGGACUACCGCACCGGAUAUAUACGCUCGCAUCUGAGGUCGCCGUCCGGACGUGUCAGGUGACCGCCUACACGAUAUUAAAAACGCUCUUACUCUUUGGUUGUACACUUGUUUAUUCUAUUUAUAGGUGAAGAUUUUGGAAUCAACUGACCGCGAACACAUUCUUAAUAUAAUUUGACACUAAAACGUGAUUUGCGUGUUUGAUUUGAAUUUUUUUUCUUAUUUUUCAACUACACUUCCUAAUGCAGUGAAAAAUUAUAAUCAUUAAAUGAUUUUAUCUCUCUCUUGUCGUAACAUAAAACUGGUAUCGCAUUUUUUGUCUAUGGUUUUUUAAUAUUUGUCUGUAAUAGUACGGAGCAUGACACACCAUCAACUGUCAAAAUUUGGCGCCUUUGUGUCAAAACUUAACCUUACAAGUAUUUAGGGUAUUAUUAAAUAAUUUAAGAAGAAAUAAGUGUACAACCAAUAUAACCUGUUGGUUAGUCAAAACUGCCAAGCAAAAAGUCGGAUUAUUCAUAAGACUUGUCAUUCCGAACGCAUUUUAGCUCACACUCGAAUAUAAUUCGUUUCUAGCAGAACACUAUUUAUUCAUGUAGAAUAGUCACAGCGAAGAACCUAUAUAAAAUUAUAUUAUUUUUGAAUCAAAUGACGGAAAUGCAAUUGUUAAAGGUUGUGUAAAAGUUGUCGUCAUAGAAAAUGCGAAGUUCUGUUAGCUAAUGGUCGUUGUAAACUGUUCUCUCUAGCGCAAAAUGCCGCAAUUUAUAUUAACGGAUAUAAGAAUGUCAUCAACCAUUACUGACUAUUCUGGCAGAAUAGGAAUGGUAAACCAUUAAAAAUUCUUACACAAAUAGCGAACAUUCGUCCUUACAUGUGAAUCUUUGACACCCAAAUAGUAUUAGGAAUUCUCGUUGAUAUUUCUUAGGUCAAGAGAAUAUACUAGAAAUGAAAUAUAGAGAAAUUAGACACUGGUGCAUGUCUUACAGAAUCGCACAUUAAAUUAUGUGAAGUAUUUGGGUAGUAGUAAGUAUACUACCCACACGUAUUAUUUCUAAAAAUAAUACAUGUGGAUAUUAUUUUUAGAGAACUAUGUAAAUUAUGUUUUGGCAUCGAAUUUGAUAUUAUGGAAUCUCAUUUUAACAUUAAAGGUCGAUAUAGAUUGGGUGAAUGUAUCGUUGAAUUAUAUAGACAAUUAUUUCCAUUCGUACGUUUGAUACCGUCUACGUAUCUGCUAGUAGUUACUGACUGAUAUGCACUCAGAUAUGAAUGAAAAACGACAUAAUUUGAACGUCAACAGUUAUGGAAUGGUUUUUUAUUAAAUUAGAAACUCGAAAAUAAUAUGCGAGAUACAUUUACGUAAAAUGUCAUUUUAAAAGUUACUAAGCAAUGGAAAUCUUCGUUUAAUAUGUUGUGUUCACACUCGGCACAAAGGACGGGUCAAUUUAUUUAAUUUAUCUGCCAACGUUGCCAAGGAACUCCGUCUAUAACGACCGAUAAAUACAUAAUUGUAAUUGUAUGAAAUUACAUUAUUUGAUCCAAAAUCUAAUAUUUUGUUUGAAAAUUACGUUAGAAAGUUAUUAAACAUUAAAGCACCUUUAGGAUAUAGGUUAAUUGAUGUUGUGACUCCCGCCCUCUAGUGUAUAGUUAGGCAACUUAUGAAAUGUAUGAAAAGUUUCGUUAAACAAAUAUUUUUACUAUACCAGGAACACUGUUAGGUAUUCAUUAUAAUCGUAAGAGAGACGUAACGUAACCUGUAAAACUGUUCUGCAAUAACGUCUGGUUCUAUAAAUUAUAUUUCAGGUUCAGUUACAUUUACUUCAAGGAAUUGUAAACAGAUAAAUUCGUUGUAUUAGUCCACUAUAGGGUGUAAUAUAGUAUAGUAGUACGCAUUGCAAGUACUGUAAAUGAUAUUGAAAAUUACUUAACGAAAAUUUCCAUACUUUUAUAAAUUGAGUAGUGAUUGGCUUCCGUUAGGCGAUACGAAUUUAAAUUCUAGUCAGAACUUCAUUUAUAAAUAGGUUGCAUGUAUAGUUGUGCAAAACUCAAUAUAUUCCAAAUACGUAAUAUAGAUAAUAAAUCACUUUAAUUUAUAAAUCUGAAUACACAAGUCGAAGCACUCUUCAAGGCUGGUAAACGAUUUGUUGCCCUUGAUAACAGAUAUUGUUUUAGAUUAUAUCCCUUUAGAUAAAUGAGACAGCCAAUAUCUAGGGCAAAAAUAGAAAAUAUAUUUUUGUUAAGUGUUAUUAAUGCAAAAUAUUUUAUUAAAAACAGUACACUAAUCGAAUUAAAAUCAUGUUAUUUGAAAAAUUUCCACGUAAUGAUUAUCGCUAAUGGAGAUAUAUUUUUUUUGUAAAAUUACAUGCAUUUUAAUUCGUAAAACUUUUUCAAUAAUUGUUAAUAUAUUUUACAGCUUAGUUUUCUUUGAUUGGCGUUUUUCAUUUGGCCAUAGACAUUUUUGCUUGUUCAUCAGCAUUAUUUUAAUGGUGAACCUCAAAAAUAUAUAGUUACAUAAGUAGGAAAAGAUCAUCGAAGAAUGCCUACUCAAAAUAUACUCUAAAUUGUACACACGGUUCAUGUUUAAGUUACUUGUUUGUCUAGUCGACAUCUAGUCAAUUUUAUGUUUAACAUUUUUUUUCUUAUGUAUUUGUUUUUAAUAUAUGACUAGGUUCGUUAACAUAGUUUUAUUUACACUUCUCAAAUAACACAAUCCCGAGGUAGUGCUAAUUAGUAUGGUCGAGCACUAAAACGCUAAUCAAAAUUUAGAGAGUUUUUGGUUACAGUUUUAUCGGCUUUUGUUUGUUUCCUAGGCUAGUGGGGGACUACUUAAACUUUAUAGCAGUACUUUAUUGCGCAGUUUUAGGUUUCUCAUGCAAUAAAUGCCAGUGUUAACGGCACGAUGCUUUUUGAGAUCGUUGGCCAAGUUAAAUAGGGACAUUUCUUAUAGGUUAAAUUGUUGUCUACGAAAAAAAAGCAAUUUAAAAAUAACGAUAUUCCUGUCCAAAACAGUCCUGCUAUAAAGCUAAGCUUAUAUUUAGUCAUUUUUAAGUAUAAUAUGACAAUACCGACUUUAUUUCUCAUUUAUUUAGAAUUUUCAUAUUCUUAUGUCCAAAUCCGCAAACGUUAGACAAAUUUAUGAUGGUUUUUCUUUAAUUUUGACGAUAUAAUUGACAAUUAAUGUCGACUAUCAUUUAACAUCCUCUUUCGAUGGAGUUUCUUUGGGCAUUCGAAUGUCGUUAGUGCUAGAUAAUUUGCCGUAGUUGCUCACUUAUUUCAUAAUAAUGCACCAGAUUUCUAAAUUUAUUCUUUUGGUUUAGAUUAGUCAUACUUUUCCGUAUUUGAGUCUAAACUCUUUUAUAUCAGAGCCUUUUAUGAUAUAUUUUCGAGUGAGAGCAUUAUAACUUUCAAGUAUUCUACUUCUUUCCUUUGCUUGAAAGAUGUGCUGAAUAAGUUUGACAUCGUGCACAUAAUUAUAUUAACAUGCUUGUUUAAUUUAUACUAUUAUCAAUCUUUCUCACUGUUCUUCGUCUUUCUGGCUUCUUAAAGAUGCUUUGAAUAGCUUUUUAUUGGCUUUUAAAAAUUAUUAGUAUUUUAAUAUAUCGUCCCAAUGAUAUAUUAUAAAAACUACUGAAAUUUAUUUUCGACGAAUAUUUAAACAAUUUGGACAUACAAGAUCUCUCUUGUAGAUAUGUAUAAACAUAUGUAUCUCAAAUAUUCAGUAGUAUUUAGGUAGUUAUUAAAUCGUCAUUAGUCUAGACUUCUAGACGUACUACCUACUAGUGGUAACGUGUAGCGAGAGCAGAUACAGAAAUUAAAGUAGUUAUUUUGCUGUUUUAGUAAUCAAGUUAUAAUCAAGACUAAUGUUUAUUCAAACUAAACGUUGAGAUAUAAAAAUAUUAGAAUAACCAGUUUACAUUUGUUGGUUUAUUAAUAGUUGGAAAACGAAAUAAAAUUGUCAUUUUUUUAUACAUUGGUUAUGUUGAGUGAUUGUAGAAUGUUUAAUUAAAAAUUUUAAAGACUGACAUUUAUUAGAAUGGACUAAAUUCAAUUACAGCGUCAUUUAUGAGUAGAAGUAGUAUGUUUCUCGUAGAAAUAUAUGGUGUAAAAUGCCGUGUGACCUAGUUUGGUAUGAGAGAUAUUAUGAUAUAGAUAAAAGGAAACAGCCGCCAAGGAACGGACUAGAGCCUAGACUAGUUAGUGGUGUAGCGAUCUGGGCCUAUAUCGUUUUUACAGUCACGUUCAAUUCACUAUUGAGCAAACAAUGUACUAAAUUAUCUAUAAUACAGUGGAAUCUCGUUAACUCAAAUGUCAAGGGAACAGCAAAAAAUCGACUUAACAAGAACUUCGAGAUACAUAUGAUUUAACUGCUAAAAGUUCGACUUACAGAGGCGCAAUUUCUAAGUGUAUUUUUCUAUUUGUAGAGUCGAGUCUCAAUAACAAUUCAACUUAAGUUUUGUAGUAUAUAUAUUUUUUUAUGAAUGUAUACAUUCAUUGCAUGUGUACAAGACAAAAACAAUAUAUUAGAAGCCCCAAACCCUAACAUUCACUUUGGAUCUUAUUGCUAUUAUUUCGGGGAAUUCCGAGUAAGACUUUAUAUUAUUUCAUUAACUACGAAUUACGGAGUCUUAGAGUAUAAAUAUGUAUCAUCAAUACUUCGUAGGGAAAUAACAUUUUGUUCGAGUUACAAAGUCAAAAACAAUUUGAUAUAUAGGGUUCAGUGGAUAGGAAAGGCAAUUUUUUUCGACUUAAAGAGGUUCGAGUUAUCGAGAUUCCACUAGUCUAGUCAGUGUUAGACUAGUAUUUGUCAUAGUAUAAUAUGUUUAGUCCUGUUUUCUGUAUCUAGUGUUUAGCCAAGUGCUAGCUAGACUAGAUUUGUUGACUUAUACUCUAUAUAUUAUUUUGAUUACAUAUUUUCUCUGUGGUUCUUCUGGUAAAGCUAGUAUCUUUGAUUUUGUUUAUAUGGUAGACAGCUAGACUUCCUAGGUCGUAAAGAAUUCCUUUGUGUUGUCUUCAAACCGAUUAUGCAAACAUCGUGAGGUGGCAAGUAACUUAAGUCAAAUUCAAGAUGUUUUUAAAACGUGACAUUGGCAUCGCCUUUAAUGGGACUUUCCACCUCAUUGUGUAUUAUCAUCAAAUGCCAUGUACUUCUCAGACCAAAUCAUUUUAAACACGAAUUUAGUAACAACGUAACGUGUAGGACGAGAUAACACCUUUGCCCCUGUGAUUCAUUUGUUAAUGUAGAUGUAAUUCGUUGUUCAAUAAAUGACUUU